GAAGGAAGUAAACAAGCUGCUGGAUCUCCAGCAUGCCCCCUUCCCCCAGACCUUGACCUCGUCCCGUGGUCCUGCUGCCAUGACCUACCUGGCCCACACGGCCCACGCCCAGCUCUGCGCCCUGUGGAUGGGCUGCGUGGGCUGGACGCUCACCGCCGUGGCUCUGGGACUCGUCCAGUGGCGGGUGUGGCAGGUGUCGGACCGGGAGGCGAUCAGCUCCGGCGUGGCCUGGGUGGGCGUGUGGAGGGCCUGCUUCAACAGCCACACCGUGGUGAGCCCCGGCUACAGGGCCAUGUUCUGCAGCCGCAUCGGCCUGACGGAGGCCUUCACGCCGCCGGACAUCGCGGCCGCUCAGGUGCUCGUGCUGCUCUCGCUGCUGGUGGGGCUUUGUGGGAACGCCGGCGGCGUCUACGUCAUGAGGAACGUCUACUUCGGGAUGGAGAAGAACCCGCCGAUCCGGCUGGGCUUCGUGGCCACCGGGGCGCUGUGCCUGCUGGCCGCCGUCAUGUCUCUGGUGCCUCUCGUGUGGAACCUGAGCUCGGUGGCGACCAAUCAGACCAUCCGCUUCCCUCCGGAGUUCAAGAUGCCCGAGGCGCCCGUCUCCCAGCACGUGGGUUGCGGCAUCAGCGUGGGGCUGGUGGGCACCGUCCUCAUGAUCGUCUCCGGCAUCGUUUUCUGCUCGUACAGGUUGCCGGCGGACAGACCGUUACCCACAACCCCCCGGGGCACAGACAACCCGGCGUUUGAGCUCCACGAACGCUUGUGAUCAGCCCGUUGGGAUGUUCAGCACCAGCAGAGGAAACGCAUCCGGAUGUUCUGAACACUUGAAGAGCUGCAGAUUGAGACGUUCAGCUUUUCAAAAACUGCAGUUUGCACACGCUGACUUGUAUUUAUGUGGCUCCUGGAGCUCCUGCAGUGACUCAUCUGCUUUUCUUCUCCGGGGGAGGAAGAAGCGAGUGACUCAUCGGCCGACGGCAAACUAACCUAAAGCCGUCGCCGUGGUGUCUUCAGAGGCGGAAAGCCGCAGCUGAAAUAAACAGACUCGCUCAACUAAAUGAAAGCAGCGAUGAUUUGUCAUCUGUGGAGCUGCAGUGAAGAUGUGGCUUCAAACGUAGUUACAGUGCUCCGUUAUGAUCUGCUAUGUGUAGACCGAGGCCUGUUUUCACAUUAAAACUGAGCUCAGACUGCUUUUGUUCUGUCCGCUGACACUUUGCCGUCACAUCCUGUUUAUAUUUCAUAAUGAAGAACAAACUGCAGCUUCUCAAGGCUCCUUAUGUGAAGUGAGUUUAAACAUCUUUACACCUUAAAGCACCUUCAUCAUGUAAAUGAAUCACAUUCAUGCUCUGUCGCUGUCAUUACUUUAAUCCUGACGUGAAAACAGGUCGUUUUACGGUUUUAUUCUGUUCAGACUUUUAGCUUCAUGUGACUAAAGUAUUAAAAUAAAAUGCAAACUACCGCAUUAGGAUUGUUGAAGAUAUUUUUGCAUAUAAGAUGUUAAAAUGUUCUAACUGCACAUCUGAGCAUGUUUAGGUGUUUCUACGAUGCUAACGGUUCUGAAGUGAUCAAUUAAAGCACAGACGGUUUUUAUUUUUCUUAAAUAUUUUAUUCAAAAAAAGCAAAAAGCUCAUCUCCAGAAUUUCAAACCAUCUGUAUCAAUGUUCCUCCAGCGGUGAACAGGUCACCUGAGCUGCUCACAGGUUGAGGAAAUCCAAUUGAGGCAAUAUUUCAAAGGACAUCUUUAGGUAUUUUUUUUAUUGCACACACCUCUGGGAAGUGGCCGCUUGGCUUCUUUGAGAAAAGUGUAAUUAUUCGCAUGUCAAUUUGCUUUUGUGGCUCCAGAUGCAGGGACGAGCCGCGCAGAGCAGCUGAUCCCGGGUCAGCUGGUGCCUUCGCGUCCCAGAGGUGCGACUCAAACAUCAUCCGCUGCAGCUCUGACCGAAGAGUGAAACGACCACCACGGCGCCGACGUCGUGGUGCAUAUUUCAUCCUUCCAUCCCUCUCUUCAGAUCAACAUCAAAUCAAACCAGCUGCAGGGCUGAUCGAAACCUUCUCGAGGAACUUCACACACAGAUGAGGAGUUUCAUUCCAAAACACAAAAGCUUUAAAAACCAGAGCUGACGGCGGCGGAGCGCGUCGGCCCAAACACUUCUGCUUCGCACAGACCUCUUGCUGGAGGACAGAAUCGUCUGAGUUUAAAAACACUGAGUGUCAGUGAGCAAAGUAUUUCUAAAACGGGAAUACACUUUGAUAUAUCGUCACAGAAUGAAACCCCCAAGUAUAAAUAAAAGACGACACCGGAGAGAUACAUGGCAUAUCAUUCAAACACACUAAUACUGAACACAACAUAUACAAGUAAAGCACAAGGAUUAUUUAAAAUUUAAAAAA